AUGGAAUUCGAGUACUCACCGCGCCACCCCGGCAAUAGCGCACCACACCUUCUGUCUCCAACACACGCCCAUGCCGCGCCCACAUCACCUUUAGACCAAUUCGCGGCAAUCAGACAGAUCAGGCGCUCACUUUCGCGUUCACCGUCCAAGCCACAGCGCUAUUCACUCUCGACGCGCAAAGCCACAGACACCUCGCCGCCUAACAAUGCGCCUGCCUCUCCCUCUGGACUCUCGCGCUCAUACACCGUAGAUACAGCGGACUUGCAGAGUAAGCCCAAAUAUUCCGUGAGGCGCACUGGUGUGAUGCGUGUUGCUCAACGUCGUACAUCGCCUAACAGUCCACUGCGACGCGCAUUGAGUGACAACACGAAUCAAGCGAUCGCGAGUCCACGGCCACGUCUGACACGUCGCCCGUCCGCCGAGGAGGACCAGGAGAACAUGGAUUUGGAUGAGGAGGUCAAGGUUCCGAAGAAGAUUGACUUUCUGAAGCCUGAGAAGCUCUUCAAGCCGCUUCUACAGGAAGCUGCUUCACCUAUGAAGUCGAGCCCGCUUAAGAGGAGCGAUGGUGUGAUGAAUCUCGAGGCAGCAGGAUUCGGCAGUCCACGCACAAACAAGCGCAGAAGUCUGCAUGGCGCAACAGCGUUUGGCAGCGACUUCAAUGUGUUCGACCAAGGUCUAGACGGUGCGCAGGGCGAUGCAGAUUCUGGGUCGGGUCGAUCAUCUGACGAGAAGGAGAGGGAUGCAAACUUCCACACGACAUGGCCACCGCCUACUGCCUCACCACAGCGUCGACCUUUCAGCUUACGCAAGUCUACUCUCCAACAGCGCACUGGCAAUGCACGAUCACGACCAGAAGCGAUGCGCGAGACACCGCUGAACCCAGCACUGACUCGGGCACGUUCGCGUAUAUCGCUGGACAGUGCAUUGCCACUUCGUAGCCUGGACUUCAAUAUGGCUUUCCAGCGGAAUGUUGUGAACGACGCGCCUUUACUCUUUCCGCCUGCAGCACCAAAGACUUCCGUGUCCGCGCCAAAACCACAUCCGCUCUCCCACGCUCUGACACCUUCUUCCUCGUCGUCGAGCAUGGCCGACUUCGAGAUACCUGAAGCUGCUCAGGGCAGGGCGCCUUCACCUACAAAAGUCGGGACCAAGAAGCCCGCUCCCAGUUUCUCCAAAUCGCUACCAAUCGGGGCCAAUCGUCCUGAUGGUCGCGGCAACACGAGUAGCCAAGCGAACUCACAAGAGUCGUUCGCCACCCCGGAGGCUUUUAAGAUGGCACGACCACUACCUCAGGCUUUCCACUCCACCGGUCUCAUAUCUAAGCGCAAUUGGAAUGUGGACAUGCCGCCUGCCAGCUUCGCAAGCUCGCAUAUGCCAGACACACCGUCCAAGAAGGCUGCUCACAUUCAUAUACCCUCUUCGCCCGCACCAGGUUCAGCCCUUGGCAAGGUAGCUCGACCACUGCAUGAGUUCGGCAGCCCAACGACUCCAUUCAACGCCCGACCAAACAAAGCGUCGCCUGAGUCCUUUGGCAAGAAUGUCAACAUCUUCGGCUCUCGAGUUGGCGCGCCCCAGCUCACUCGUCGUGGUAGCUUCAUCAGUCUUGACGGUGAAGACAUCAACGCCUCGCCCACGCAGCGCUUGGCAAGCCCCUCGAGUAACGACGAUCUUCCGCCCACGCCUACAAAGAGCACUGCAGCGGCAUCUACGACCAUCAGGCCACAGUCGAAGGGCAAGAGCAACAGCCUCCGCAGCAGUCUGUUCGGCCGGCGAUCAUCUCUCGGCCCAGACACCUUCGCUUCGCCAGCGGAGAGGGAUGUCACACCCAGCAUCGACGACACAUCUGCUAUGGAGGAGAUUUCCGAAAAGUGCUCUCCUCACACGCCGCACGAGUCGUUCACGCCACCGGACCCCAGCAGCUUGUCAAUCUCUGCUGAGAAUCGACCAAUUUCGCUCUUUGGCGUCAGUGCCCACAGCUUCCCUCCCGCCACGCCUACUGGGCCUCGCGACAACGGUAGCAGCACCAGCUUUUUCCCCGGCCAGUCCUCGAGCUAUUUCGCCAACGACGUGGAUACCUCGAUUACAGCUCGGUUCGGCUCGACGCAGGUGUCUGGUAACGGCGAGUUCUCGCAAGUCUACAAGGUGGAGAAACCUCUUCCCGGCACCCUGCAAGGCUCCCAGGCGCAACUCAGCCCAAGCGCUAAGGUGUGGGCUGUGAAGAAGUCCCGUAAGCCCUACACUGGCCAGAAGGAUCGUGCGCGCAAGAUGCGUGAAGUCGAUAUCCUCAAGUCACUCCGUGGAUUCGAGAACGUCGUCGAGCUCGUCGAUAGCUGGGAGGCCAAGGGCCACCUUUAUAUACAAACCGAGUUUUGCGAGAAUGGUAACCUGAAAGACUUUCUGCUGCGGACUGGCUUCAAAGCUCGCCUAGACGACUUCAGGAUCUGGAAGAUUCUGCUGGAGCUGACGCUUGGUGUCAAGUCCAUCCAUGAUGCCAAUAUUAUUCAUCUUGAUCUGAAGCCUGCCAACGUGCUCAUCGACUGGGAGGGUGUGCUGAAGAUUGCUGACUUCGGUAUGGCAAGCGCAUGGCCAGCGCCACCAAACCUUGACGGUGAAGGCGACCGUGAGUACAUCGGCCCCGAGAUCCUCAAUGGCCGCUUCGACAAGCCUGCCGACAUCUUUGCCCUUGGCAUGGUCAUGCUGGAGAUCGCCGGCAACAUUGUCCUACCCGACAAUGGCACGUCGUGGCAGCGUCUCCGUGCUGGCGAUGUUAGUGAGCUACCCAGCCUCACAUGGACUUCUGACAGCAGCUUGCCGCGAGACGAGUCCGGCGACCCGCUCGAUAUGCAAGCUGGCGUGUCUAACGACUCGCUGGCUUUCUCGGUGCAAGGCGAGGAUGACCUUGGUUUCCUGCGGCCUACCAUCAAGGGCCACAGUCGCAAAAGCAGUCGCGAUCUCGUUUCACCACCAAAUUUCAUGGUCGACCACAACGAUCCUGACGCGCUCGACAGGGUGGUUCAGUGGAUGAUAAGUCCUAAUCCCGAUGCUCGACCUACCGUGGACCAGCUCCUCCGUGCCGGCGGCGUCCAAUGGGUAGAGGCUCGUCGUCGUGCAGGAGCGACCAUCUACGAGGGAAGCUGGGGACCUGCUGACAGCGUCGUCAGCCAUGGGCAGGAUAUCGAGAUGAUGGAGUUCUAG